CCAUUAGUGCCACAACAAAGAAGAAAAAAAAUAAAAAAUGAGACCCUAUUUGCUUAUCUUCCUCUUCCUCUUCAUUACUCUCACUAGCAACAAUCAUUUAGUCACUUCCCAAUCUUCUCCAAUAGCCAAAACACCUUUGAAAAAGCCAGACAAUGAUACCAUAUACAAAGUUUCUAAGGAAUUAUGCUGGGGUUGCAUUGGAGAGUCACUACAAUUCUUGUUUGCACACAACAUGGUGAGGGCAUACAAGUGGGAGCUACCAUUGACAUGGGAUUUUCAGCUUGAAAACUAUGCAAAAUGGUGGGCUGGUCAAAGAAAAGCUGAUUGCAAGUUAGAACAUUCAUUCCCAGAAGAUGAUUUUAAGCUAGGAGAGAACGUAUUUUUGGGCAGUGGCUCUACAUGGACUCCAAUUGAUGCCGUGAACGCUUGGGCUGAAGAGGAGAAGUAUUAUACUUAUGCUACAAACACUUGUGAGGCUGGUCAAAUGUGUGGGCACUAUACACAAAUUGUGUGGAGUACUACGAGAAGGAUUGGAUGUGCUCGAGUUGUAUGUGACAAGGGAGAUGUGUUUAUGACAUGCAAUUAUGAUCCUGUGGGUAAUUAUGUUGGCGAGCGACCAUAUUGAUGAAAUUGGACUUUGGGUGUGUGAAACUCUUACAUUAUACAUUAGGAUAGCUUUGUCUGUCAUAUUUGUGCUCAUAGUUGUAGGAUGUGUGGCCGGCCAUGGGUAUCAUAGUGUUUGGAACCAUGAAUCGAAUAAGACAAAAAAUACUCUCAUUAUAUUUGGGGACUUGAGUGUGUUAACCUAGUGGGGAACUUAGCUUAUGAAUAAGGUUUCUUAAAAGAAGUUUCAAUGUGUAAGUCUAUGGCUGUCUAUUUGUAUUGAAGGCCAAAUAUGUAAAGUAAGUGGUUGGAUUUUCUAUUGGAAGUGAAAUCUUUAGUUAUUUACAACAUUAA